UUCCAAUCCUCCGAAACCCCCCGCUCUUGCUGUCCACAGUCGUCUCUUCCGCUAGCCCGGCAAUUAGGGUUUCUCCUUAAUCGAAUCGCCGACGAUGGCCGAGGACACGAACGCCGCCACCGGAGAGAAUCUUGACCGUCCGGAGGAUACAAACGACACUACUGACCCUAACACCGAAGUUAAGCCCUCCGAUACUGCCCCCGAUGGCGCUGUCCCCGAUAUCAAGUCAUCUUCGCCCCCUCCCCCGCCUCCGCCGACAACGCGUCGAGGCAUCCGGGACCGUGAACGGGACUCGAGAGAACGGCGUGAUGACCGCGAUGUUGAUAGGCCGCCACGCCGCGAAUACUACGACCGCAAUCGAUCACCUCCGCCGCCGGCGCCGCGAGAAAGGGAUUUUCAUAAGCGAGGUAGGCUGAGCCCUAGUCCUCCUCCGAUGGCUUACCGAGACCGGCGCGGAGGCCCGCAUUCUCCCCCUCCGAGAAGAUCUCCUCCUUUCCCUCCGUAUAAGAGAAGGAGAGGGAGUCCCAGAGGAGGAUAUGCACCAGGCGACCGAAGGCCUGGAUAUGAUUAUCCCCGUGUGUAUGAACGUGAGAUGGGGGGGAGACUGGGUUAUCAUGAUGAAAGACCUCAUGGUAGAUUUAUGGGGCAUUCACAUGGCGGCUACCAAGGUGGUCCAUCAGAUUGGGAGUUGGGUCAUGGUGGUUUUCCUGAUGCUUCCAGUGUUGGUAGACCUCAAAGGGAAGGAAUGAUGUCUUAUAAGCAGUUUAUUCAGGAGCUCGAAGAUGACAUCUUGCCAGCUGAAGCUGAACGCAGAUAUCAAGAGUACAGGACAGAGUACAUAACAACCAUGAAAAGAACUUACUUCAACGCACACAAGGAAGAAGAAAGGUUAAAAGACAAAUAUCACCCAACAAACUUACAGGCCGUAACAGAGCGGAGGAAUACACUUGUGAGGAAAUUGGCAAAGGAUUUCCAGCUUGAUCUGCAGAAUGGGACUUUGGAUGUAGGUCCUAGUUUUAACCCCAGCAAAGCAGACAAAUCCAACGAGCAUAAAUCUGAUGCUGAAGCUGAAGUUGAUGUAGGUGGCAAAAGAAAGUGGCAUGGUCGGGGUCCCAAACAAUCUGAUCCUUCAUCUGCUCCAAAGGCUCAACCUGUGUUUUCCGAGCCCAGACGAAUUCCAGUUGACAUUGAGCAAGCACAGGCUCUUGUACAGAAACUUGACUUUGAGAAAGGGAUUGAGGAUAAUGUUCUAUGUCGUGUUGAUAAUGAUAGAUCGAUCCGAGAUAAGUCUCAUAGUAGUUCAAGUGGUCCGGUCAUAAUCAUACGAGGUUUAAAUGCAAUUAAAGGUCUUGAGGGGAUGGAGCUUUUGGACACCCUUCUUACAUAUCUCUGGCGCAUUCAUGGAGUUGAUUAUUAUGGGUUGGUUGAAACGAAUGAGGCUAAGGGCAUGAGGCAUGUUAGAGCCAACGGGAAGAAUUCUGAUACGGCUGGUAAUGGGAAUGAUUGGGAGAAGAAAUUAGAUACCCGAUGGCAAGAGAGGCUGAACGGUUCUGAUCCUCUUGAGAAAAUGAUUUCCAAGGAGAAGAUAGAUGCUGCAGCCGUUGAAGCUUUGGAUCCCUAUGUCCGGAAAAUUAGGGAUGAGAAGUAUGGUUGGAAAUAUGGGUGUGGGGCAAAAGGUUGUACGAAGCUCUUCCAUGCUGCAGAGUUUGUUCACAAGCAUUUAAAGCUGAAACACCCGGAUCUUGUGCUGGAACUCACUUCGAAAGUGCGUGAGGAGUUGUAUUUUGAAAACUACAUGAAUGAUGAAGCUGCUCCUGGAGGGACGCCGGUAAUGCAGCCAUCUUUUGUGAAGGACAAGCCUCAAAGACGUAGGUCUGCGCUGGAAGGUAGGCUUAGAGAUGACAGAGGAAACCGCAGAGAACGUGAUAACCGUGCAAAUGGCAAUGAACGACCUGAUCAAUCAGAGGAUCCUCAAUCGGGGGAAUUUGCUGAUGGUGAUGGUGGUUCUGAAGAGCCAUUAUUUGACAAUUUUGGCGGUCCAGGCCCGGGCAUUCCAAUUGCUCCGUUUCCUUCAGAUAUGCCUCCUGUGUUGAUGCCAGUUCCUGGAGCUGGCCCGCUAGGACCAUUUGUUCCAGCACCUCCCGAAAUUGCGAUGCAAAUGUUGCGGGAACAAGGAGGCCCUUCCCCUUUCGAAGGAGGAGGCAGGAAUGGGAUGACUGGAGGACCUCCUCCCCCGAUGAUUACAAUGGCGCCGCCGCCAGCGCAUCGGCAGGAUCCUCGUAGCUUGAGAAGGUACAACGAUUUGGAUGCCCCGGACGAUGAAGUGACCGUUAUAGAUUACAGGAGUUUAUAAAUGAAAUGGGAUUGAUUUAUGCAGGAGUGAGUGAUUGAGUGGUAAGUAACUAUCUUGUCUCAAUCUUACUCGGAUAACAAUAAUUAAUUUUAGUGUGGGAAUGAAAUAGUAGAUAUAUUACUAUGUAUUAAAAAAAAGAACAGGUAUGCCAUCUUCCUUCUCUAUUGUUAUAUAGUAGAGGAUACUACAUUAAAUAUACCAAGGGCAUUUAAAUUUUCAAAGUAAAUAAUAAUAAUGUUUAUGUUAUUGCU